AUGUCCUCCGUAGUCCACUACAAAUUCAAGUCGCAGCGCGACGCCUCCCGCGUCGUAUUCGACGGCACAGCCCUUUCGGUGUAUGAUCUCAAGCGGGAGAUUAUGGUUCAGAACAAGAUGGGCAAGGGGGUCGACUUCGAUAUUGCAUUGUACAAUGCGCAGACUGAAGAGGAGUAUCGAGACGACAAUCAUCUCAUCCCUCGAUCUUCGACGGUUCUUGUGAGGCGACUGCCACCGCAACGCCCGGGAAGGGGUACGGCGCAGAUGUACGUUGCGGACCUGUAUGGCGGGGAUGCAGGGGAGGGAUCAUCAUCGCGGUUCGGUCCCGCAGCGAGUGGGAUGGCUCAGGGUAGAGAUCGACAACAACAGCAGCCCGGUGGGCCUUCGUCGUACCGCGGACCGAUGAGUGUGCGAUUCGAUGACAGGGGGAAAGAACCUUCUGCCACGCCUGCGCCGCCACCCGUCCUUCCACCCUCGAUGACGCAGCAGGGCGCAGCAGGGGAGAGCAACGGUGGGGAUGAGGCGGCGAGUAUUGCAGCCAUGUUCCAGGCCACGACGGAUCAGUGGGAUGCAACGCAGCAACAGAUGGCUAAUGCGACGUAUCGCUCACGAGGGGGUGGACCGCCGCGUGGUGGUGGGAGGGGAGGGUCAUUCCAGGCUCGCAGCGAUAGAGGGGAUCACCAUCAGUACUCGGAUCGACCACCGCCUGUCGGGUAUAUCUGCUAUCGAUGCGGCAAGAAGGGCCACUGGAUCCAAGAAUGUCCCACCAACCUCGACCCAAACUGGGACGACAAGCCGCGCUUCAAACGCACGACGGGCAUCCCCAAAUCCAUGCUGAAAACCGUCGAGAACCCCACGGAAACACAGCGCCAGGCAGGCAUAAUGGUCACCUCGGACGGCACCUACGUAGUGGCCCAAGUGGACAGCGCAACCUGGGAAGCCGAACGUAGCGCAGCCCUCAAGACCCUCUCCCGCUCAGACGUUUUCGCGGCCGUUCCAACGGACUCGGCGCUUGCUUGUCCUCUCUGCAGCAAGUUGCUCAAAAAGGCAGUCAAGACUCCCUGCUGUACAACGCGAUUCUGCGAGGAGUGUAUACAGAAUCAUCUGCUGGAGAACGACUUUAAGUGCGCGGAGUGUGACAAGAGGAUUGCGGACCUGGGCGAUCUGGCUAGAGAUGACGAGGUUAGGAGAAAGGUGGAGGAGUAUGUUGAGGAGGCGAUCAGGAGGAGUGAGGAG